CCGACGCUGGCGUCGCUGGAACCGAUUCAAUCGCAGAAGAUGUAGGGCUGCCGUGAAGUCUGUCACGUUUUACUGGCUGGUUAUUGUCCUGGUGUUUCUCAACACCUUAACCAUUUCCUCUGAGCAUUAUAAUCAGCCAGACUGGUUGACACAGAUUCAAGAUAUCGCUAACAAAGUCCUCUUGGCUCUGUUCACCUGUGAGAUGCUGGUAAAAAUGUACAGCUUGGGUCUGCAGGCAUAUUUCGUCUCUCUUUUCAACCGGUUUGAUUGCUUCGUGGUGUGUGGUGGAAUUACUGAGACGAUCUUGGUGGAACUGGAAAUCAUGUCUCCACUGGGGAUCUCUGUGUUUCGGUGUGUGCGCCUCUUACGCAUCUUCAAGGUGACCAGGCACUGGACUUCCCUGAGCAACCUCGUGGCGUCCUUGUUGAACUCCAUGAAGUCCAUUGCUUCACUGCUGCUUCUGCUUUUUCUCUUCAUUAUCAUCUUUUCCUUGCUUGGGAUGCAGCUAUUUGGCGGCAAGUUUAAUUUUGAUGAAACGCAAACCAAGAGGAGCACCUUUGACAAUUUCCCUCAAGCACUGCUGACCGUAUUCCAGAUCCUGACAGGUGAAGACUGGAAUGCUGUGAUGUACGAUGGCAUUAUGGCUUACGGGGGCCCGUCCUCUUCAGGGAUGAUUGUCUGCAUCUACUUCAUCAUCCUCUUCAUUUGUG